CCAAGCCGCCAGGAGGCAGUGCAGCCGCGACUUGGCGACUCUCCCGACAGCCCUUGCGCGGGCGCGCGUCUUUAAGCGGGCGGAAGAGCCAGUGCGCGCGAGGCAGGAGGACGGGCGGAAGCGGUGAGCACGCCAGGCGGCCGCCAUGCCCGGUGACCACCGCCGCAUCCGCGGCCCCGACGAGUCGCAGCCGCCGCAGCUUUACGCCGUCGGCGACAAACCAGAGGCGCCCGCCGCCCGCGACCCGACGCGGCUGCGGCCUGUGUACGCGCGCGCCGGGCUGCUGAGCCAGGCCAAGGGCUCGGCCUACCUGGAAGCCGGGGACACCAAGGUGCUGUGCGCCGUGUCGGGCCCGCGCCAGGUGGAGGGAGCCCCGGCCGGAGCCGCGGGCGGUGGCCGGCUGCUGUGCGACUUCCGCCGGGCGCCCUUCGCGGGCCGCCGGCGCCGGGCGCCUCCGGGCGGCAGCGAGGAGCGGGAGCUGGCGCUGGCGCUGCAGGAAGCCCUCACGCCGGCCGUGCGCCUGAGCCGCUACCCGCGCGCGCAGCUCGAGGUGUGGGCGCUGCUGCUGGAAGACGGCGGCUCGGCCCUGGCCGCCGCGCUCACGGCCUCCGCGCUCGCCCUGGCCGACGCGGGCGUCGAGAUGUACGACCUGGUGGUGGGCUGCGGCCUGAGCCGCGCGCCCGAGCCCGCGGGCCCCUGGCUGCUGGACCCCACGCGCCUCGAGGAGGAGCGCGCCGCCGCCGGCCUCACGGUCGCCCUCAUGCCCGUGCUCAAUCAGGUGGCCGGGGUGCUGGGCAGCGGGGAGGGCUGCGCCACCGAGAGCUGGGCCGAGGCCGUGCGGCUGGGCCUCGAGGGCUGCCAGCGCCUCUACCCCGUGCUGCAGCAGUGCCUGGUGCGGGCCGCCCGCCGCAGGGGUGGCGCUGCCCCGCCGUGAGGCAUGGGGAGAGCUGGGUGGACAGGAGCCCGAGGACCGGUCGUGGUGCCCGCCGCCAAACAGACUGCACCAAACCAAGAGAGUGGAGCCCCGGAGCGAACGUAGGGAGGUGGGGACCCGCGGCACCGCUGCGCUGGGCCGUCGUGCUGGAAUCGAC